AUGCCCCUCACUGACGAGGACGCUGCGCUCCUAGCAAUAUCCACAUUCUGUGAGCCCCCGCUCUCGCAGGACCAGGAGGCAGCGAAGACAUCGAUCCAGAGCAUCCUUCAUGGCGAAGGAGCUGAUCCGUUCGUAGAUAUUCACGAACUGUUCGGUCUCUACAAUAUUUUGUAUUUUCGGAGCUUGCUUCUACCCCAGGUUGAGGUACUAUGGUCUCCUCGUCUAACUCUCUGUGCAGGCAUUUGUGAGCUCACUAAAGACAAUGAGGGCAAGUACCGUCGAAUUCGUCUCAAGCUCUCUGAGCCUUUGCUCAAAUUCCGGCCUCGAGAAGAUACAGUCGAUACCCUUCUUCACGAGGCCAUUCAUGCGUACUUCUUCAUCACUACAUCGUGGCAUCAUUCCCGGGGCGAUGAUGGCACAGGGCACGGUCUUGGGUUCCAAUUAUUGGCAGAUUCUAUUAACAGCCAUGGAUCCUACGCAAUAACCGUGUAUCACACGUUUCACGACGAGGUUGACAGCUACCGGACCCAUGUUUGGCAAUGUGACGGUCCCUGUCGUCAGACACCACCUUAUUUCGGACUCGUCAAACGCAGCAUGAACCGUGCUCCUGGAAAGAGUGAUACUUGGUGGGACAAGCAUCAAAACGACUGCGGGGGAACCUAUGUCAAGAUUGCUGAACCCGAACCUACAAAACAGCAACUAAAGAAUCUCAGCUUGAAAGCAAGGGCUGGUAGGCAGAAGAAUAAGCUCGACAGCUGGGUUGCACCAACAGCAAAGAGUGCUUCUGGUGUAGAGAAAGCCUGUGUCAUACAGAGUCCGUCAAUUCCAUCCGCGAAAAGUAUUAAGGAGGGCCGUAAUCUCACUCUGGGUGACCAUGGAGGUCUUAAGAGGCGUUUGGAUCUUUUCUCAGAGACAAGUAGCGUCACUCAAUACGUCGAUCGUGAGUCUGCUUUGCUGGAGGACCACCCCUCGGCUGUGAAACGGCCGAGACAUGAUAUAGACGAAAGGUCAACUCAGGUUGAGUGCCCGAUCUGUGGACUCACUGUAGCAGAAGAAAACAUCAAUGAGCACCUUGAUGAGCUGCAUUCCUCUUAG